UGCCUGGCCGGUCCCCGCCCCGGGGGCGGGCGGCGGAGCACGUGGGGCCGCGCCGGGCCGGGCUGAGUCACUCCCCGCCCCGAGCCCCGCGGCGGAGCGGAGGAGCUCGGUCCGGCUCCGCGGCGCGGCUGGGGACGCAGCAUGAAGGUGGCGAGGCUGUUCCGGGGGCUGCUCGCCCUGGGCGUGGUGCUCUCGCUGCUGUUGGUCGUGGCCGGUGACUUCUGCGAUGUGAACUACUGUCAGAAUGGGGGCACCUGCUUGACCGGGAUUAAUGAGACCCCCUUCUUCUGCAUCUGCCCUGAGGGCUACGUUGGGAUUGACUGCAAUGAGACUGAGAAAGGCCCCUGCCACCCCAAUCCUUGCCACAACAAUGGCGAGUGCCAGCUGGUUCCAAACCGGGGGGAUGUCUUCACUGACUACAUCUGCAAGUGCCCUGCGGGAUAUGAUGGGGUACACUGCCAGAACAACAAGAACGAGUGCUCCUCCCAGCCCUGCAAAAAUGGAGGCACCUGCCUGGACCUGGACGGUGACUACACGUGCAAGUGUCCUUCUCCGUUCUUCGGGAAGACCUGCCAUGUCCGCUGUGCCGUUCUCCUGGGCAUGGAAGGAGGAGCCAUCUCUGAUGCCCAGCUCUCUGCAUCCUCUGUCUACUAUGGCUUCCUUGGCCUCCAGCGCUGGGGGCCAGAGCUUGCCCGCCUCAACAACCACGGCAUCGUCAACGCCUGGACUUCCAGCAACUAUGACAAGAGCCCCUGGAUCCAGGCCAACCUGCUGCGGAAGAUGCGGCUGAGUGGGAUCAUCACACAAGGUGCUCGCCGCGUGGGCCAACCUGAGUAUGUCCGUGCCUACAAAGUUGCCUACAGCCUGGAUGGGCGGGAGUUCACCUUCUACAAGGACGAGAAGCAGGAUGCAGACAAGGUUUUCCAGGGGAACGUGGACUAUGGCACCAUGCAGACCAACAUGUUCAACCCUCCCAUCACCGCCCAGUUCAUCCGCAUCUACCCCGUGAUGUGCCGCCGCGCCUGCACGCUGCGCUUCGAACUUAUCGGCUGUGAGAUGAAUGUGUAUUUCAACACGGCAGGUUGCUCGGAGCCUCUGGGCAUGAAAUCCCACCUGAUCUCCGACCAGCAGAUCACAGCCUCCAGUGUCUUCAAGACCUGGGGCAUCGACGCCUUUACCUGGCACCCCCAUUACGCUCGCCUGGACAAGACGGGCAAAACAAAUGCCUGGACGGCGCUCCACAAUGGCCAGUCCGAGUGGCUGCAGAUUGACCUCCGGGACCAGAAGAAGGUGACAGGCAUCAUCACGCAAGGAGCCCGUGACUUUGGGCACAUCCAGUAUGUGGCAGCCUACAAAGUGGCCUACAGUGACAAUGGCACGUCUUGGACCCUCUACCGGGAUGGCCAGACAAACAGCACUAAGAUCUUCCAUGGUAACAGCGACAACUACUCACACAAGAAGAAUGUGUUUGACGUGCCCUUCUAUGCACGCUUUGUCCGCAUCCUGCCCGUGGCCUGGCACAACCGCAUCACCCUGCGCGUGGAGCUGCUGGGCUGUGAUGAGUAGGCGCCCAGGGAGGAAGGACGGGGCUGCUCUUCCUCACCACCCAGCCUGUGCCCCUGCCCGUUCCUGCUCCCACCUCACAUCCUCCUCUCCAUAUCCCCAAACUUGGGAGGGGGGCUGGGAGGGCUCCCCUGCCCCACGUUGGCACUGGGGCCGCAGCACUGCACUUUACGGGGCCCUUGCAGGUGGGACGUGGGGAUGACUCCUGCCCUUUUGCCCCACUAGCCAGGGGUGAGACCCCCUCCUGCAACCGGGGCUUGGUUGAGGGACCCUCUUCUGCAACUGGGGCUUUCUUGGGGGACCUCAUCCUGCAAAUGGAGCUUUACUGGGGGAUCACGUCCUGCAAACAGAGCUUGGAUGCAUCCUCCUGGCUAAGCCUGGAGACAAAUUUUCUCCCUCUUUUUGCUUCUGCUUCCAGCAGAGAGGCCGCAGCCAGCAGCAGUCCCCUGCCUGCACUGGGACUUGGGGCUCAGCAAUUUUGGGGGGCUUUAGGCAGGUACCCUGGGCUUGCAGCCUCUGCUGUUCCUCCUGCUCCCUGCAUGGCUGCAAGCAGGGGCUGAUAAAAACGUAUUUGGCUGUUGUCCCCUGCCCAUUUUGCCAGGCCCUGGGUCUCCUUGCCUGUGGUGUCAGCACCGCAUAGUGUGAGGGGAGUGAUGAGACAGCUCCUGUCAAGAGGCACCGGGUCCCCAUUGCUGGCAGCUCUGCCUGUUGGGUGCCCUGGCUGGUGUUUUGGCUGGUGCUGCCCAUUCCCUUUCUCAGGGUACCGGUUCCAGCAUCCACUAAGUCGCAGCCUUGUCGCCUUCCCCACCUUCCUGCAAUUUGGGGUGCCUGAGGUCCCCUGUCCCCAGAGCCAAGUGGUGACCAGGGGGGCUGCAAUCUAGUGGGUGGGGAGGGAUGGUUUGUAGCCACAAGAAUGCAGAGAAAAGCUAGGAAAGGUGGUGGUUAUACCACCCACAUGCAGUGGGCAACGAGCUGUGCCAUGACCCUUUUUGUAACCUGAUUUUUUCCCUUUCCAUGGGGUGGAGGGGAGCCUCUUGUAAUGCUCAAGCCCUCGGGAUUAGCCGUAGGAGAUGGGCGAGACCCAGCACGAGCGAACGGGAGCGCGGGCAGGGUGUCCAAUGCUUCCCUGCGUGCCGGCAUGUGAAGUGGCCAUGGGGCCAGGCUGGUGGCAAGUUCACUUCGGCAAGCACUGAGGGAGCCUGGGUGGGACAGUGGGGGCAGCGGUGGCCCCGCUCCGGAGUGUCUCUGGCAGUAUUAAAACCAGCUGAAAUUUU